AUGACACAGGCUAGUGCUAUCAAAGCUUCCUACAGAGGCAGUGUGAAAGACUUUGUCAACUGCAAUGCCAAGCAGGAUGCUGAGCUCUUACACAAGGCCAUGAAAGGCAUAGGCACUUAUGAGGACACCAUUCUCAUGCUCUUGGCAUCGCGCAGCAACAAUCAAAGGCAGGAAAUUAAGGUGGAGUACAAGAAGGCCCACGGAAAGGAUCUUGUGAGUGCUUUAAAGUCGGAGUUGGGAGGCUUGUUCGAGACGCUCGUUGUGGCGUUGAUGACGCCUCCCAUUUCCUAUGACGCCUCUCAACUCCAUAAAGCACUCAAGGGGGUGGGGACGGAUGACGACGUGCUGAUUGAGAUCCUAGCGUCUAGGACCUGCGCUCAGAUUAAAGACAUUGUCAAAGUCUACAAGAAAGAGUGCGGUGGGAAGCUGGAGAAAGAUAUCACCGGUGACACCUCGGGCAACUUCCAAAAGCUUCUAAUAAUGCUUCUGCAGAGGAGUAAUGAUGAAGGGGUGGAUGACAACAGGAUUGAGAAAGACGCAAUGGAACUGAUUGCUGCUGGCAAGGGGAAGGUUGGCACAGACGAAGAGAAAUUCAUCAACAUCCUGGGCAAUAGGAGCCAUGAACACCUUCGACUAGUGUUUGACGCCUACAAGAAGGUGUCUGGCAAUGAUAUUGAGGACAGCAUUGAGGGCGCGACUACUGGAAACCUGGAGAACUUAAUGCUGGCAGUUGUGAAGUGUGCUAAGAGUGUCCCAGCCUACUUUGCAGAGUCCCUCUACAGGUCUAUGAGGCGUGCUGGCACUGAUGACCAGACUCUGAUGAGAAUCAUGGUGUCCAGGGGUGAGACAGACAUGCUGGACAUCAGAGCCUGCUUUAAGAAGAUGUAUGGGGCCUCUCUUUACACCACCAUCCAGGAGGACACCACAGGGGACUACGGAAAGGCCCUGCUCUAUCUUUGUGGAGGAAAUGACUGA